CCCUGCAACAUCUCUGUCCCCAAGCUCUUUGUGUUGCUCCUCUUCCCCACCCCAUGCUGUCUUUUUUCUGCCUCCUCCUUGUGCAGUCUCUCAGCCCUGCAACCUCUGAUCCCCAGUGCAGCCUCUCAGCCCCCCUGCAUCUGUCUGUCCCCCAGUGCAGUCUUUCUGUCCCCCAGUGCAACCUCUCAGUACCACCCCCAGUAUCUCUGUCCCCAGUGCAGCCCACUCCCCCAAACAUGUUUCUUUAUCUUUCCCUGCUGCUUCCAGUGUUUCCUGGUCUCCACUCCGGUGUGUAGGUGCCAGUCUGAUGCCGGGAAAUGAUGCGUGCUCUACUAGAGGAGCUCGGGAUCCGGGCACUGCUGUUCGGGGUUUUUGUGUUUACAGAGUUCUUAGAUCCUUUCCAACGCGUUAUUCAACCGGAGGAGAUCUGGCUGUAUAAGAACCCCUUGGUGCAAUCAGACAAUAUACCCACUCGGCUGAUGUUUGCCAUCUCCUUUCUGACUCCCCUUGCUGUGAUUUUCGUGGUGAAAAUUAUACUUCGCACAGACAGAACGGAGGUGAAAGAAGCCUGUUUGGCUGUCUCCUUGGCAUUGGCUCUGAAUGGAGUUUGCACAAAUACCAUCAAACUCAUAGUGGGAAGGCCUCGUCCUGACUUCUUCUAUCGCUGCUUUCCUGACGGAAUCUCCAACGAGGAAAUGCAUUGCACUGGGGAUGCCAGCUUGGUAUCUGAAGGCAGAAAAAGCUUCCCGAGCAUUCACUCCUCCUUUGCCUUCGCAGGGCUGGGGUUCACCUCCUUGUAUCUAGCGGGGAAGCUGCACUGUUUUACAGAAAUUGGCCAAGGGAAGAGCUGGCGACUCUGUGCUGCCAUCUUGCCGCUGUAUUGUGCCAUGAUGAUUGCCUUGUCACGCAUGUGUGACUACAAGCACCACUGGCAGGAUUCCUUCAUAGGUGGGGUGAUUGGCCUGAUCUUAGCCAAUCUAUGUUAUCGGCAGCACUACCCUCCCCUGACACACUCCUCCUGCCACCGACCGUCGGUGUGCCUGCGGCAGGUGGCCCCCCAGAAAAAGGAGGAGCCGACGCCGAUGGAAAACACUGAAGGUCUGAUGCAUGAAGGUUUGACCGAGGGACCUGUAUGACCAGCAUUUGGUCCCAUCUGACUCGUAGCUGCACCCGUAACCUCAGCAAGGGGUUAUCCCUGCACUGUGUAUUGGUACAGGGUACAUCCAUCCAGUGUGUCUGGCACCUACAGUGAACUCAUCGUGAACUCACCAGUCGGAUGCCAAAAGGGCUGAACCCCAAGAGUUGACAUCACCAUCCUUAUUGAUAUUCAUUGUUCAUAUCACAGCUUUCAUUACAGCCAUGGUUUAUCUUCACCGCACAUGGCUGAUACUAAACCUAAUCUUCUAUCUGCCA